AUGUCCCUUACUGGACUCAACCUAUCAAGUAACAAUUUCUCUGGCGAGAUUCCAGGGCAAGCUUUCAUCAAUCUAGCUAAGCUCAGAACACUUUCCCUCUCCUUAAACUAUUUCAAUGGCUCCAUUCCAGAAGCGGUCACCAUCCUUCCGGAGCUUGAGAUACUCGACCUCAGCUCCAACUUGCUCUCCGGCACCAUUCCAGCCACUCUCUGCUCCUCAAAUACCACCAGGAAGUUGCAACUUCUUUACCUGAAGAACAACCAUCUCACUGGGGGCAUCCCGGAGGCCAUCUCCAACUGCAAUGGUCUCGUUUCGCUUGACCUCAGCCUUAACUAUAUCAAUGGGCACAUUCCCUCAUCCCAUGGCAUGCUCACCGGCCUCUUUGACCUGAUCUUGUGGCAGAACGCCCUAGAGGGUGAGAUACCUGCCUCUCUGUCCAGAAUGCUUGCACUCAAGAAUCUUCUUCUUGAUUACAAUGCUCUUGCUGGCAGCAUCCCUCCAGGUUUGGCAAACUGCACAGAGUUGAGGUGGAUGUCACUUGCCAGCAACCGGCUUUCUGGUCCACUACCUACAUCACUCGGCCAACUUGUUAAGCUCCAAAUCUUGGGCCUAGGAAAUAACUCCUUCACUGGUCCGAUACCACCGGAGCUGGGUGACUGCAGGAGUCUGUUAUGGCUUGACCUGAGUGGUAACCAACUAAAAGGGCAUAUACCAUCUGAACUUGCAAAGCAGUCUGGGAUGAUGGAACCCCUCACUUCUACACGUCAGCUUGGGUACCUUCGCAAUGAUGAACUGCAUAACUAUCAAUGCCAUGACAAAGGAAGUUUGGUUGACCUCACAGGCAUUCGGCAUAGCGAUUUGAGUCGAAUGCCAAGCAAGAUGGCCUGCAACUUCACAACAGUGUACUUUGGCAGUUUUGACACGAUCAACAACUUUUCAAUGAUAUUUCUGGAUUUGUCAUUUAAUCAGCUUGACUCAGAUAUCCCAAAGGAGCUUGGGAACAUGUAUUACCUCAUGAUCAUGAAUCUUGGAUACAAUAGUCUAUCAGGUGUGAUCCCCGCUGCACUUGCUGGCUCCAAGUCUCUCGCAGUACUUGACCUUUCACACAACAUGCUGGAGGGGCAAAUACCCAGCUCAUUGGAAUCACUAUCAUUGUCAGAGAUUAAUUUAUCGAACAACAGAUUGAGUGGGAUGGUUCCACAACUUGGGUCGCUUGCCACGUUCCCUGCAAGUCAGUUUGAGAACAACUCUGGUUUGUGUGGGUUCCCACUCCCACUGUGCAAGAAGAGUGUUGUCGAUACCCAACAGUCCAAAUCCCACAAGAGGCAGGCGGUUCUUGCUGGUGGCGUCAUGGCAGUGUUUUCUGUCUUGCUGUUUGUUUGUGUCGCAACACUGUUGAUAUGCCUAUGUCAAAGGAAGAAUUCCACGGCACAUAAUAAUUCAAAUGAAGCUUUAAGAUUACAGGGGGAUUUAUUCUCUAUCUGGAACUUUGAUGGUGGAGAUGUCUACAGGCAGAUUGUGGAAGCAACGGAGAACUUUGAUGAAAAAUAUUGCAUUGCAAGAGGGGGCCAUGGGCGAAAUUUUGCAGUAAAGAAGAUACGGAUAACAGAAGAUGAAAGUUUGAAAGAUGAAAUAUUCAGUCAUGAAAUAGAGGCCUUGGUGCAGAUACGGCACCGGAACAUUGUGAAGCUUUAUGGAUAUUGCUCCACUGAUCAAGAUAAGUUUCUUGUAUAUGAAUAUAUGGAGAGAGGAAGCUUGUCAACUAUUCUCAUGUCCAACGGAAGUGCUGUUGAGCUGGAUUGGAGCAAGAGGCUAGAUAUCGCUAAGGAUUUGGCUCAUGCUCUCUCUUACUUGCACUAUGAUUGUUCAACUCCAAUAGUCCACCGAGAUAUAACAGGCAAUAACAUUUUGAUUGCUAUGGAUUUCAGGGCCUGUGUAUCAGACUUUGGCUUAGCUAAAAUAUUGAGCUAUGAUGCAUCAAGCUGUACAAACAGGCUUGCUGGGACAACUGGGUAUCUUGCACCUGAACUUGCAUACAUGACGAGGGUGACCACUAAAUUCGACGUCUACAGCUUUGCCGUGGUUGUUCUUGAGCUGUUCAUGGGAUCCCAUCCUGGUGAUAUUCUUUCCGAUCUCUUCUGCACAGACAAGAAAAACACAUCGCUGGAGGAUCUGUUGGACACCCGGCUCCCGCUCCCUGAAGCUGAGGCUGCAAGCGAAAUCUUUGUGCUCCUCAAGGUGGCUCUCCAGUGCUUGGAUCCCAAUCCAGCGAACCGUCCGACAAUGCAGUCUGCAAUCAAGAAGCUCUCUGCAGCGCCGAUAACCGAUGAUGUUGAUUACCUUCGUGCUGACCUCAUGGAUACUCGAACCCAUUUGCAUUGA